GAAGCGAUUAAUGUUGUGGUAGUGACAUCACAUUGAUUGACCACCUGCUCUGGCCAAUUCAUGCAGGUACUCUUUGCAUUACUUAUCUUUUAGUUUUUCACGUGAUAACCGAGCGCUGCUCUCUCAUAAAAAUUUUAGUUAGUUUAUGUGAGAUAACAACUUUUCCUUUAUAUCAGUUGCUUAAUGUGUUUGGCCAAUGUUUAAUCGUGGUGCUAACAAAAGAUUAAUUUUUAAAUAUAAAUAAACAAAGCAAACUCAUGUAAAAUUCGGCAUUAUUGUCGAAAGUUCAUUUACGGGCACAAUGAAAUUGCGAAUACGAAAACGAUUUUUUCCCAGGCGUUUAGGCGAUAUCUUCUGUUUUUUAUUGAUAGUAGUCUUUUUGCCACUUGUUGCUUUUUUCGACGUUGUCGUUGUUGUGCCGGCUAUCCACACACCGGGCGGGUUUAUGCAUAGCUUUAUAUUUACGAUCGCAAUGUUUAUGAUUUUCAAUAUAAAUGGAAAUAUGUUUGCCACCAUGAUGGUGGAUACCAGCCUUGAUGCCAUAAAUCUGAUAGUCCCAGAAGAUGCUUCAGAAAAAGGAUGGCAUAGCUGUGAACGCUGUAAGAAGUUGACCCCUCCAAGAUCUUAUCAUUGCAAAGUUUGUAAGAAAUGCAUUUUAAAACGAGACCACCACUGUGUCUUCACCGGCUGCUGUGUUGGGCAUUACAACAUGCGAUACUUUGCUUUGUUUCUUGUCUACAUGUUUGUCGGUUCACUGCUCUCAUUCUUUUACUUGAGUUAUUACCUAUUUUGGGUACGCGCCGAGACCUUUCGUCACAUACUCAGCUUAUUUAAAAUGUUGGGUCCGAUACUAAUGGUAGCCCAUGGCGGUAAAUGGGAUAAUCUUCCGCUUCUAUAUUACAAUUUAAAUAUAGUAGCAUUAGUAAUAUCAUCUAUAUUAUUGGUAUAUCAUGGAAUACCUAUAAUCAGAGGUGGUACUUCUUACGAAAGACGCUUUAACUAUCCAUAUGGAAGAGAUUUCUACAGCAACUUGCGUACCAUUUUUGGGAAAAGAAUGUAUUUGGUGUGGAUUUCGCCAUUUAUUGGCAGUGAAUUGUUGGACGAUGGCGCAAAUUCGGAAGAAGUGUUGGACAAUGCGCCAUUGCAGAGGCCAUCAAGUCAGAAGCUUAGAAACAGAGUAAAUCAUCAUUCUCGUAAGUCGCGCUUGGAUUAA